UUUCUCUUCAAUAUGUAUUUUUCAAUAUAUAAAAAUGGUCUAUCUGUCUCCUCAUAAUUAGUUGCAGCACACAAUUGUCUCUUCGUUACACCCGGACUAUAUGUCGCGCUUUCCCAAAGCAAGCGUCCGCGCACCGGAAAAAAUGUCCACAUUUGCAAGCUGAAAUUGGAGAGCCACCCCAUUUUUUUAGUCAACAACGCCAUCACACUCUAGACUGGUGGAUUUGAGACAAGGACCCUGCAAUGAACUCAGAGGAUCCCAAACACCCCGGAAACGACUCUCCAUCGCUCUUUUCGCAUCAUAAACCCUACGCUGCAGCCACCAAUAGCAGCAACCAUGGCUACAAGGAUGACGAGUAUCGCGGCGCACCUGGUAGCUCUGGGGUGUCUAGCUUGGGAAUAAGCUCACCGAUGGCUUCCGCCAUCGACUACGCCUGGGGCUUGGACCACAAUGACUUUACGUUUCUCGAGAAUUUGGCAGGGGAAAAGCCCGAAGAGGCCCACGACACGAGCACACAGCUGUAUGCGAGACCGGAGUUUGCACAAGACACUGAAAGAGGCACCCUGGCCCCUAAACCCCAACCGGUGCAACGACUGAAUUCAAAACAACUGCAGUUACAACAACCCCAACAGCAUCAACAGCGGCAGAAGCAGCAAUCUGAGGAAAAGAUUCCGCACUCACAAACUCAAAUGCAGCAAGCUUCGCAGCCACAAGGAACGCAACCACCCGCUGUGCAAAAAGCACCUGUCCAAAACGCACCUUCAGUGCAAAGAUCUCCCUCGGUGAGACCUCCCUCGGUACAAAACGUGCCAGCGGCACAAGCUGCACCUGGGGUGCAAAUUCCUCCCUCGCAGGAGACCCAAAGCCUGCCAGACGGCAAAAAGGAAACCCUUCCUCGCUCAAAAGUCCGCCCAUGUGAUCACUGCCGUCGACGCAAAACCAAAUGUGUCAUCAUCCCUGCCACCAACAAUUGUGUUCAGUGUGAAACCAAGGGUCUCCGUUGUACCUACUCUGAUACCACCAUGAAGCGCAGUAUUGCACUUGUUGAUGAGGGGACAAAACGCCGCCGUAGUGCGUCACCCGCAGACAUUGCACCGACCCCUAGCGUGACUCCGCACGUAAAUCCACACUUCCAGCCUUCCUUCCAAGUGCCCCCUAAUACGCAGAUCAAUCAGCACCCGAUCCGUGACGUUCAGCCGGUAACCGACUACUCCAGCAUGCCACACCUGCUUCUCAAGAAAACUCUUUCACUCCAGUACCCCCGCUCGUCGUUUUAUGUUGGCCCCACAAGUGUGUUUGAUACCUCUCUCCUAAACCAGAUGCGUCUUGACAAGGUUGACUCCGUGCAGCUUUCACCGACGAUCUCGCUACGCAAGGUCGGUGAUAAUGUGCAGUUCACGCUCCGUGACGAUUACACAGACGACCUUUUCAGUCGUUCGGAGCAGGAUGUGGAUGCGGUGGAGCGCCUUGUCGCGCCUCACGGGCAAGUACUCAUCGACCUCUACUUCCGCAUCAUCCACCCGUCGUUCCCGAUUCUCCACAAGAAGGUGUUCCUCGAGAAGUACUCCCGUACGCACCGCGAGUUCAGCGCGCCACUUCUAGCGGCGGUGUAUGUGCUUGCGACGCUGUGGUGGGACUAUGACCCGCAGUUGAGCCAGUACCCGAAGCCUGACGUGGCGCAGCUCAAUCGCAUUGCAAUCCGCACGUUUAGUGAUGUGAUUGAGCGUCCGAAAUUGUCAGCGGUGCAGGCCGGCUUACUUCUCUUGCAGUGCAGACCAGACCAUGCACGCAACUGGGUCAUGUGCCUGCAGGUGGUGGCGCUUGCAGAGGAGCUUGGGCUCGGCUUGAACUGCGCCACAUGGCGCCUCCCCAAGUGGGAGCGCGGCUUGCGCCGACGCCUUGCAUGGGCCGUGUUCAUGCAAGACAAGUGGUUAUCACUUACGGAGUCGCGUCCAUCCCACAUUGCAAUCGGUCGUGACUGGCUCGUGCAGCCUGUGAGCGAAGAAGACUUCCCUGAAAAGCCUGGUGAUGGUGACGCGCAGGAGGGCUCCACCGACAUUGAAAACGGCAAGUUUCUCUUCCGUGAAAUGAUUUCUCUCAGUAUCAUCGUCAGCGAGAUUUUGGAUACAUUUUUCACGAUGCACGCGAUGCAGACCGUUACGCGCAUCGACCACGUAUUAAAAUUAGCCAAGCCAUUGCAACUCAAGCUCCGCAAUUGGUAUCACUCGUUACCAACCGCGUUGCAUAUGGCAUCCAUGCAACCGCGCAAGUUGUGCCCGAACGGCUAUCUCCAGCUUGCGUACUUUGCGACAGAGAUCACGUUGCACCGUAAAAUUAUCACGUGUUUGACGCACGAAACACCACGCGAGUUGGUGCAGGUGUGUCGCGCAGCGGCCAAAACGCGCUUGCUCGCAGCGGUCGAGUUUGUGCGUGACUUGCGUCCGGAGCAUAUCCAUGCGUUCUGGCAUUCUUCUGCGACGGCGAACUUUGCAUUGAUCGGCACCUUUGCCGCGAUCUUGUUCUACACCGCCCCGGGGCCUCAGGAGGCAGCCUUUUUCAAGGACCAGAUAUUCAAUUACCGCUGGACGUUGCGAGUCAGUGCCAAGGGUUUUGACCAAGCUGCGAGCGCGUUGGAGAAGCUCGACAUGAUGUUGCUCCAUAUACCGGGCUUGCUCACCGAGACGGUUGCACAGUCACCCAGCCCGGGCCCUAACCCGAACUACACGCCACUGUCCUUCUCUCCACGGCUGUUUUCUCCGCAACCAUUCGCGCGGUAUGCUGAGUCACCACAAGCCUUGCAGCCUAAGCAGAUCAUCCAGCAACAACGAUCGAUGGGCGAUAUCAAUCCGGGCAUGAUCAUGCGCGGGCAUGGAAACCAGGGUAACUCUGCCCAUCCGCAAGGCCAAAUCCAGGGCCAAAUCCAGGGCCAAAUGCACCCAAAUCACCUGCAGGGUCCAGGAGGGAAUCAUACGCAUAGUAUGAACUCCCACAGUGCGCAUCCGCAGGGUAACCCGGGAAUGAAUGCCCAAGCACGCCGCUCGCCUGUGAUGAACCAGGUAUCGGCAGGAAAGCAAGUGUCGUCGCAGUCCAGCCCUGCGGGAUAAAUGGAAGGCCAGGCGCACAACGGAUAUCCGGAGGUACUUGUGAUAGGUCUAGGUGGAGCUUGGAGUUAGUAAGGGUGUGAUAGUGGAUAAUGUAUUAAUAAAUGGCAUGUAUUAUACUAAUCAUCAACCACAUUCACUUGUAAUCGAUAAUUAAGUUCGAGAGGUAGAAGCAGUAUAUACCCGGGAGAGAACUAAUGAAGCAGCGA